CUUUCAGUUCUUGGUAAAGCUUGGUUUCUGUUUCCAGUCUGGCUGGCAGCUGAGCUGAGAGACAGGCCAGCAGAGAGGGAGGGCCCGAGUGCUGCCUGGAGAAGUCACCCAGCCUCUCUCCUCGCUGGGAGCAGAGGCAGCUCUCUGCAUACGCACUGUUUAUCAGCAGAAGGCAAGAAGACAACAGCAAGGUUGAGCUGAAGCACUGAGGAUUAGCUCCAAGGGACAGGCUGACCCUGGGGACAUGGAUCCAAUCCCCGACCUGUAUGGGACCCCUGGAGACCGGCUGCACCACUUCCUGGAGCACAGCCUUCAGCCCCAGAGGGACUGGAAAGAGGAAGGGCAGGACGCCUGGGAGAGAAUUGAGAGGUUCUUUCGGGAACAGUGCUUCCGUGAUAAGCUGCUCCUGGACCAAGAAGUCAAAGUACUUAAGGUGGUAAAGGGAGGCUCCUCAGGAAAGGGGACUACACUGAACCACAGAUCAGACCAGGACAUGGUUCUGUUCCUAAACUGCUUCUCCAGCUUCAAACAUCAGGCGGAAAACCGAGAAUCCAUCAUUAACUUCAUUAAGGAGAAGCUGGUUCACUGUGGGAGAAGCCUGGCCUACAAAAUCACUGUGGUUACACACAGAGAGGGAAGCAGGACCCCUCGCUCCCUGACCUUACAGGUCCAGCCCAAGAAGAGUGAUGACGUCAUUCUGAUGGAUAUUCUCCCGGCUUAUGAUGCUUUGGGGUCCCUUUCCCGAGACUCGAAGCCAGCACCAGAGAUCUAUGAAACUCUAAUAAGGAGUAACGGCUACCCCGGGGAAUUCUCUCCAAGCUUGCAGAGGCAUUUUGUGAAAAGCCGCCCAGUUAAACUGAAGAACCUCCUGCGGCUGGUGAAGUUCUGGCACCUGCAGUACCUGAGACGUAAAUAUAGAAGGGUGCCAUUGCCUUCAAAGUACUCCCUGGAGCUACUGACCAUCUAUGCCUGGGAAGAGGGGACAAAGAGCAGUGAAAACUUCAAUUUGGAUGAAGGGUUUGUAGCCGUGAUGAAGCUCCUCAGGGACUACCAAAACAUCUGCAUAUUCUGGACCAAGUACUAUGAUUUCAAAAAUGAGGUCGUCAGAAACUUUCUCAAAGAACAGCUGAAGGGAAACAGGCCAAUCAUCCUAGACCCAAGUGACCCUACCAACAACCUAGGAAGUAGAAACGGAUGGGACCUGGUGGCCGAAGAAGCUACAUAUUGCCUGCGUCAGCCCUGUUGCUUUCCUGAAGACCCCAGCGGGGGCUGGAAUGUACCGCGAGCAAGGGACAUUCAGGUGACAGUGAAACAGACAGGAAAAAAAACGCGGAGGCUCUGGACAAACCCCUACAGCCCCAUCUGGAAGAUGAAAGCAGAGAUCAAGAGGACAAAUGACCUCUGCGGGGACUUGCGCAUCUCUUUCCAGGAGCCAGGAGGAGAGAGGCAGCUGCUCAGCAGCCGGAAGACCCUAGCAGAUUACGGAAUAUUCUCUAAAGUGAACAUCCGGGUGCUGGAGACCUUCUCUCCUGAGAUCCAGGUCUUUGUGGAGUAUCCCGGUGGCCGGAGCAAGCCGUAUGCCAUCGACCCUGAUGCUACCAUUGAGGACCUGAAAGAGAAAAUCGAAGAUGGUGGGGGCCCUCGUAUAGAGGACCAGGUCCUGAUGCUGGACGGCGAGGAGCUGGAAGAGGAUUGCAGUCUUGCAGAUCUGCAGAUCGAAGACUGUGACACCAUCCAGCUCGCCAUAGGGUAACCGACUUCUAGUCUGGCUGUUCGUGGUGUCAACCCCCACUGGCUUUUACUUCCCCGCCUCGUCGCCAUCCCCUGACUCUGUGUGCUUUCUGUAGCCUAAAUAUUAACAUAGCCUCCUGCUCAAAACCCUCCUGUGCCUUCCCAUACAAACAGAAUGAAGUUCUAAAUUUCUUUUCCUUUUUUUUUUUUUUUUUUCUUUUUUCCUUUUUGGUUUUUCGAGACAGGGUUUCUCUGUGUAGCCUUGGCUGUCCUGGACUGGUUGUAGACCAGGCUGGCCUCGAACUCACAGUGAUCUGCCUGCCUCUGCCUCCCAAGUGCUGGGAUUAAAGGCA